AUGAGAUUUAUUACAUCUACCAAGGGAGGGCGUGGCAAGUCCAAAGCCACGAAAUCUGUGUAUAGAUCUCAUAAGGCCGGUUUGCAGUUCCCCAUCGGGAGGAUUGCACUUCCUUCUGGCAAGUACGCUGAACGUGUUGGUGCUGGUGCUCCCGUAUAUCUUUCUGCCGUCCUUGAGUAUCUAGCUACUGAGGUUCUUGAGUAGGCGGGGAAUGCAGCGAGAGAUAAUAAGAAGAAUAGGAUUGUGCCUAGACACAUUCAGCUUGCCGUGAGGAAUGAUGAGGAGCUUAGCAAGCUUUUGGGUUCUGUGACAAUCGCUAAUGGUGGUGUUCUGCCAAACAUACACCAGACCUUACUGUCGAAGAAGACUGGCAAAGGGAAGGGGGAUAUUGGUUCAGCGUAG